AUGGCAUUCGACUGCAUUACCUGGUAGGCUUACCUCGUUCUCGAGGGUGGGGGAAAAGUGUAUCCAUUUCCCUGCGGUCCUGUGCUGCUAUUAUCGUUGCCCCACGUGACAGGUGCAGUGUUGCUGUGUUGCGGAAAACUUCCACGCGCGCUGGAGUAGCGAUAUGAUGAGCCCGAUUGAUUUAACCAGUGUUAUUUUAACAGUUUCAAUUGUCUGUUUGUGUAUGUGUGUGUGUUUGUGAAUGAUUAAUAUCGUGUAGUGCAGAUCAUUAUUUGGCAGCGUUUCCUAAAUCAACGUAAAACGUGCAACACGCACAACGUUCCGAUUGGUGCAAGUGGUCGUUUUGUUGCAACGCGGGCGUGAACCGAGCCACCGCACCUGAGGAUUUAAAUUCGGCCAGCAAUGGUGGCACCAUGGCCGAUCGUUCAGUGCAUUUGGGCGUGCCCCGCGGUGUUCGCGUCAGUUCGCGGUGUGCGUGAAGAUCGGCAGGAAGAUUUCUGUGCUGCCGGUGCGCGACGACAGCCGGUGUAAUAUUGUGCGUGUGGCUUCGUGACGGUGCGUGCUGUGUUUGUGAUUUUAACUAGUGUUGGUGUUUGUGUGUGCGCGCGCGUGUCUUUGCGCGGGUGUGUUUGCAUGUGCUUGUAAGGCGAAAAGUUAGUGAGCUCGUAGUGUUGCCCCGGCUCUUACCCAUUACCUACCCGGUGGUGGUGGUGGUGGUGAGUGAGUUCGGUACUCGGGCAGGCCUCGGAGGUGUCAGUGCACUGGAUGGUGUGAUAGAAAGGGGGAAAUUCCCAACAAUUGCUACGAUGGAAUUGCGGUACCGGCUCGUGUCGGUUGUUCGGCUGAUGCUGCUGCUGAUGGUAGGCGGCGGCAAGUGGGCGCACGUCAACUGUGAAGGAUUCAAAGCAGAUGUGCCGACUCACCUGGAGAAGGUGCUGGUCAACGAGACGGCCCAAAUCAAAUGCGACGUCUCGUCCAAUCUCACGAACGAUCGCAUCCUGCUAGUGGUGUGGUACAAGGACAAUGUGCCGAUCUACAGCUACGAUACACGUGGACCGCACGUCAACUCGCCGUCUCAUUGGAAGGAUGUCGCCAUCCUGGAAGAUCGUGCCAACUUCAAAACGACACGCGAACAAAGCCGGGCGGUGCUGGUCAUCAGUCCUGUACAGAAAAAGGACGCCGGAAUCUUUCGUUGCCGUGUCGACUUUUUGCUAUCACCUACGAAAAAUAGUAAUGUAAAUCUAGAAAUUGUGGUACCGCCCGAUGUACCGAAAAUUCAUAAUGAGGCUGGAGUCGUGCUUCCAUCCCACGCCGGACCCUACGAGGAGGGUGGCGAUCUGGUGCUGAUAUGCGUCGUCACUGGAGGCAAUCCGACGCCGAAGAUUACCUGGUCCAGCAAUGGCAAGACGCUGCCGAGCGCGAUGAUCGAUUAUGCGCACGAAUCCACGCUCAGCAGCCGGCUCGUGGUGAGAAAUCUGUCCCGCGCCCACCAGCAUAACGUGUACAGCUGUCAGGCGAGCAACUUCUACCGGCGAAACGUGACGGCCAACGUGACGAUAGAGCUGCGGUUACGCCCUCUGGCGGUGGAAAUCGUUAACGGCAGCAGUCCACUGUCGGCUGAUCGGCGCUACAUUGUGCAGUGUCAGUCGGUGGGUUCGCGACCUCCGGCCAAGAUUACUUGGUGGAUGGGUGGCGUACAGCUGACAGCGACCAACCAAACGACGUCCGAGGAUGGUAACAGCACACUGGCAUCGCUCAGCUUCACGCCGACCCGGGAGGACCACGGCAAAACGUUAAUCUGCCGGGCCACGAACGAGCUGGUGAAGCGGGGGACCAAGGAAACUUCGAUGAAAUUAAACGUCUUCUAUCUACCCACCCUGAAGCUGGAGCUCGGCAUCAACAUGAACCCGGAGGACAUCGAGGAGGGAGACGACGUGUACUUUGAAUGUAAAGUGAAUGCAAAUCCGUCUGCAUACAAAGUGGUCUGGAAGCAUAAUGAUCAAGUCGUACAGCACAACUCCAAGUCGGGCGUGAUCAUGAGCAGCACCGCGCUGGCACUGCAAACGGUGACGCGUCACCAGGCCGGCAACUACACCUGCAUCGCCUCCAACGUGGAGGGUGACGGCGAGAGCAACACGGUGGACCUGAAAGUGAUGUACAAACCAAUCUGCCGGCCGGAUCAGAAGAAAAUCUACGGCGUCGCCCGGAACGAGGCGGCCGAGAUCCUGUGCCAGGUCGAUGCCUACCCACCGCCGGAAUCGUUCAAGUGGUCCUUCAACAACACCGCCGAAACGAUCGAUAUGCCGCAGAGCGGAUACCGCGUGCACGCCGAGCAGGCCUCGUCACUGACCUACACCCCAGUAAAGGAGCUCGACUACGGUACGAUCAUGUGCUGGGCGGACAAUGUGGUCGGCCAGCAGAAGGAACCGUGCGUGUUUCAUCUGAUUGCGGCCGGCAAGCCCGAGAUGCCGUACAACUGUUCGCUCGUCAACCAGACGUCCGAGUCGCUGGAGGUCGACUGUGCCGAAGGCUUCGACGGUGGCCAACGGCAGUGGUUUGUGAUGGAAAUCUACGACCUGCAGUCGCACGCCCUGCUCGCCAACGUGUCCUCCAAGCUGCCAAUCUUCACCGUGAACGGGCUGGACGCCGGGCUGCUGCUCAAGAUCGUCAUCUACGCCACGAACAUGCGCGGCCGCAGCGAACCUAUCCUGCUGCAGGCGUACACCCUCAAGGCGGCAGAAAAGCAGACAGGACCGCAUGCCGAGUUCGAGCUGACGCCGAUCGUAUCGAUCGGGAUAUUUAUUGGCAUUUUAACGGUGCUUAUCUGCAUUACAAUCGCGGUCGCGGCCGCCUUCAAGCUGCGGGCAACGCAGGCGAAACAGCACACCACCGCGACCACCACCACGGCCGGCGGCAAGCGGCCCGGUAAUCUGCCAAUUAAGGAGAAAAUCUCAUUACCGCUCAGCCAGUCGGAAGACAUGUACGACGAGAAGAACCCGGACGUUGUCCCAUCGAACGAGGAUCCCGAUUACAAAUUAAUAUCAGCAAAUCAGACACCCACAGCGCUGCAUAAUUCAUUAUGCAACAGCAAACAUGACAUUAUCGGCCGGACGAUACUAGACGAUAGCCGGAAAACGUACCUAACCGGGUCAGCUAGUGAAGUGCAUUACGCGGAGCUGGCCCUGGCAAUACCGCACGACGACACCGGCGGCAAAACGCAUCUCAACAACCAUCUGAAUAAGCUGCCCCCGCCGCCGGCCUACAACUACUUCGACGAGCCGACAAUCUACGCCCAGAUCGACCACGGCGGCAGCUUCGGGAAGGGGGUGCCGCCGCCGCCACCGCCCACCCAGUCCCAUCCCGGGUCCACGCUGGCCGGGGUGGGGUCGACCGGCAGCUCCUCCUUCCCGCUAAUAUCACCGGUGUCGCAGCAGCAGCACCACCACCACCAUCACCAUCCGCUCACGCUGCAGCUGCAGCAGGACGCAACGCAACCGGCGCCCCCGCACAACCAGCACCACGCGCCUCACACGCCCCACACGCCGACGACUGCCUCGCUGCUGCAGCUAUCGCAGCCGCUCGGGCAGCAUCCCGGUGCCGUCCUGGCGCACUCGCCACUGCAGCUGUCCCACGCGCUGCCCCAGUCACCCUCCGCCAGCCUGCCGAGCGCCAACGGUGGUGGCGGCGGCAGCAAGCAAUACCUGAGGGAGAUCGUCACCGUGCGGACGCCGCUCGCCUUUUCCCAGCAGGAAAGCUGCGUCUAAAGCUGCGUCACACGGGGAAAGGGGAAAAGGGGAUUGGGGAAUGAAUGGUAAUGAAGGGAGAAAGUGCGUGUGUGUGUGUGUGUGUGUGUGGUGGUGGAAACAAAUGAGAAGAAAAACAAGAGUGAAGUACAGAAAAGGGAGCGAAAAUGGAAUGGCUCGAGAGGGCGCUACCGACGCUCAACUGCUCAAAUUACACGGUAAACAAGAUGUCCGAUGUUGCAAACUUUUCCAAUGUGUUCGUUUCUCAAAUACUUAUCGGUGGGUGUUGUUUCAGAAAACUCCUUCCUCCCCCCCACUGCCCAGAUCGGUACGGCGCAAUGAGCCUUAAAAACCCAAUAAUGAAUUGCAACUUUGCAUACCUUUAGGCGUAGUGUUACUGAUGCCGAAGGAACAAGCAAACGAGUAGAGACGGUACGCAAUCCGCACGACGUAUGGUUGCUGCAAACAGAUUUUGCCCAUUGAAAACUUUGACUGCCAGACCAAUUUUGUUUAUGUUUCCCUGGGAGCCAAGCACUUUAUGUUACACUUUAACUAAUGUCUGCUGUAUAAUAGAUGGUUUGGACUCACAUUACAGCUAAAAUAUAUGUGGCUACAGUAUAUUGAUGGAAGGUAUUGUUAUUUUGCAUUUAUACAGUCAUUUAACAUAUUGUUGAUCUUGUUGCAUAAUUUCACGAUAAUACGCCUUACCUGUUGCAAGAUAUUAAGUUUUAAAGUCAGUAAUCCCUGGCUAGCAUUGUAUUCUAACCAUGGUCCCCCAGGAAUUUGCCCCACGUGCACCGUCUCAUAGUUAGGAGCUACCAGUCCCAACGUCCCACACAGAGUCCGCCACCAUUUCCUGCACCAAAGCUCCAAAGUUGCUUUAAUUUAAUUAACCAAUCUCCAUACUACUGACCGAUUGUUAUCAAACCAAUAUCGGGGUAGAACGUCUUCCUCCCCACGAAUCGCACCCCGCCCGGUCCCGGAUGUGUGUGUGUGUACUCGUGCUCGAUUAUUUCCGGCAUGGUCAGCGAGCAUUCCACAGUACGGAUGCGGUCGCUUCAUAAUUAAUUGACAGCGAUUCAUCAAAUCAAGCGCAGCGAAACCGCAAAACCAAACACUCCAAUGCACCGAUUGGUAUUUGGUGUGCCGCCGGUGAACCACAAACGUCUUCAGUUUUUUUCUUUCGUUUAACAGGAACGGUAACCAGGCUACGGGAGAGACGAUGACUUACAUUCCGACACUCCCCACCUUACCUCAAUUGUUGGGUCCGAGGGGAUGCGCGUGGUGCGGGACGCCCUUAUUUGUAUUGGAAAAGCGCAAUCGACAUGCAAUCAUUUGUGCCAUUUGUAGUUCGGUUUCGACCGGCGCGAUAAUUCCCAGCCAAUAAUAGUGCUGAUUGUCUUGUCCCGACUGUAACCAGCCGAGGGAAAGGGGAGAGGUGCCAUGGUGGUCAGACCAUUUCCAGCGUUUAACUACAAUGGUGUGUGUGUGUUUUCGUGCCGUGUAUGGGUUCGCAUGAUGGCAGCAAACCUAAGAUUAUCAUGUUUCUGCUUAAUGGAAAAUUUAUGUAGAUUUUCCCGCUAGUCGGGCGACCGGCGACACCACCUGCUCCACACGCCACGGUGCCACUGGGUACCGGUUGCAGCGAAUGCGGCUUUGCCAGAAUGGUGAAGUUCCCGGGCUAGAUGAUUCCAUCGAUACCGUUUUGGUGCUCGCGUGAUUCUAGUUUCUGCCACCUCAUGCCCUUUAUCCGCUGGUUGUAUUUCGGCCGAUAGGGGAGAACUGAAGGUAGGUGAAUGGGGAAGUUUCACUUUCUGGUUGCAUGAUUAACGGGUGCAGCAAGCAUUUGGUUCGUCGCAAUGAAAACGCUUCAGACCAAUUGAUUGCGGUGGCAAGUUAUCGCAACGCGUAAGAUUUACGUACCGGCCGUCCAUUGGAGAAUGUCGUUGAAAGGCUCGAGAUUUUAGUUUACGAACCUACAGACAUCUUUAGGAUUCAGAAAGUAAGUGGAAUCAAUGAUUGCCCAAGGCGACUAGUUUGCAUCACACCUUGCUCCAGCCAACAAGUGACAGCACAACGCUCGGCAAUACAGUUCUUCAGGGUUGUAGCACAAAGUGUAACAUGACUUACCUGCUUCGGAAACGAUUUCCCAAUUGCAGAUCUAGACUGGUUUGCUCACAAAACGAACCACACAACCAAAUCUGCCCACUCAUCAACGCCCCGUACCGCAAAGUCAUCCCAGUCACUGGCAGAGCAGUCGAACUAGCUCCACGAUUGCUAUCGAUGGUCGUGUGGUCGUAAUUUAUCAUUUCCCUUUCUUACGCCGAGCUCAAACCACGCCCGGGAGGCCAUAUCAAUGCCAUGAGGCAAGUUUUGUAUUCUGAUGGCCACUGUUCUCUUUCUUUUGAAUAACCGAUAGAGCCCGAUACAGCUUUCGUGGGCUGAAGGUUAAAGCAACACUUCACAACAUGCAAAAGAAAACCGCUGAACAGUUUCUAUAGCUACAGAGUCUAUUCAGAUUAGGCAAAGGCUUUGCCUUUUCUAUGGGUGUUUUUUUUUUAAUUCCCAAAAACAUACGACCAAUUUGCGAGCAACCGGUGAAACCGGCGAGUCCUUCAGUAACUCCGAAUUAAUUGAAAGCAACGCAGCAGCGCACCGAAGCUCGUACCGACACUACCACUGAGCAGCUCCUUUUUUUCGGGGCAAACUCGCAUCCCGAAAAACACACAAAUGCACUCUCGUUAACCGCUUUUGAGUGAGUGUGUUUUUUUGCUUUGGUUUUUGUUUUUAUUUGGGUUUCAAACCCUUUUAUCCCCACGCCAAACUCAACAACGCCCAUAAUAUCAUCUUCAUCAUCGCCUACCAUCAUCGCGAGUGGGCUCAAUUCGCGGAAUAAUAAAGGCCCUUCGCUUGCUCAGCCUGUGCUAUGGAUACAGAGAAAAAAAACUCCCUUAAUGAUGCUUGAACGAUGCAAUAAAAUGGGCAGCAUAACUCGGUUACCCGGCGCACGAAAAUACGGUCAGGAAAUUUAAAAAAAUACAGAUAUAUAUACACCCUGGUACGUCACUGCAAAGUUUCGUAAAGAGUACACUAUUUGUUGCUAUUUACUCGCUGCAUGCAAAGGCAAAGGUUUUCGUAAUCCGCUGCACUAACAGCUCGAAAAACUUCUCGCAGCAUCAACCAACCAUUCAGCAUCGUCUAACACACACAAACGAUACGCACCGAGUUCCCCCUCCGUUGGGGCACUCAUAUUUUGCUUCACUUUAUCGACUUCCGCAGAGCUUUCGGGAGAGUAUUAAAAUUAAUAAUUAAUUUAAAUAGCGCGUCCGAAACCGGCACCGGCUACUGGCAUCGGGACCGGCACCUCUCCGAGCAUGGUGCGUUUGCGUCCACCGUUUUCCCAUUGUGUCGGAAGUGCUCUCUUCAUCAACCUAAAAUGUUAUGCUCUUUUGCUUUUAGCGAGCCCGUGCCACACGUGCCCAAUAUGCGUGAUGUUUAAUGUUGCUGUCGGUGCUGUUUUGUUUUGUUUUAUGUUUUUUUUUUUUGCUUUUAAUUCCCUCCCUUUUGCCGGGACUCGUUCUCUGCUUGGUGGGGCCAUGUUUUUCGCCUUCUUUUUGCUGCUUCGUGACCGGAGCACCCCUUUUUUACGGAGCCAUGCAAUUCGUGUUUAUUUAUGCGACACAUCGCAUUAUUCAUUUAGUGCACACACCUUUCGUUUGUUCUUUUUUUUUGUUUUGUUUUUGGGUUUUUUGAAACUGUUUGCAAGCGAAAAACAAAGCGAGAUAUUUUCUUUCCUGUACUUCCAAUAAAAUCAAAUUAAAUAAACACACCCACACAAAUGAAAGGAUGUGCUGAACUUACCCCGGGGGUUAUUUCACAUUUUCUUUUUUCAUUUAUUACGCUGUAUCGAUCUGGUGGCAGAGAGCACAACGCAACAUGAAAUCUAAAGCUAGACAAUAUAGCUGAGGAAAAGCGAACUGAUGCAUCAUACAAACAAACUAAACAAACGGGACGUGAAUGAAGCAACCCCACAUGGAAAGUAUAUCAAAAUCAAACGAAUUGUAAUGAAAAACGAACGAACAAGUAUUAGUCGAGGAGGAAAUCAGCGCAAAUAUGGGGGGGAGGGGUGGCAGAAACGAAGCAUUAGCGUAAGCGUACGUUAAGUAUCACCUCGCUCCAUAAACCUACUGAGUGAGCAAAGAACUGACCUUUAAUUUCUUUAAAUAAUCUAACAAACAAACAAAAAACCACACCAACACAAAGGUUCACAAACUCUCCUCCGGGCAGUGGUUAGAAAACCGAUACGAUCGACAAAAGUGUGAACAGCGGAAGAAACAAAAUCAAUUUAUGGAAUAAAAAAGGGAAAACCAAAACGAGCGAAA